UCUACGGACGGGAAUCUACAAAUGGCAAGGCGAUACAUGUUGCAACAACACUCUAUCACCAGACGUGAUUGGGCUUGCUGCCCGAAAUUUCUUCUUCCUUUGUUCCCUCCUCUUAUCUCUUCUCAGUCUCCUAUACUCAUUCUCCCACUCAGGUCUCCUCUCUCUUUUUCCAUUAAAAGAUUUUUUACCAUUCCGGCCAUGGAUGCUUCAAAAGAUGUCCUGCCACUUGGAAUAGAUGCAAGUACUGUGGAAGAGUAUGCUUCCCAGUCCAAGUUGCUUCAAGAGUUCACUAGCAUUUCCAGUAUUGACAAGGCAUGGACUUUUAAGUGUACCAGCGGAAUGGGCUCCAAGGCAAUUUUCUCGAUCAGCCAGCCGAAUCUUCUGGCUAACAAGAAGAGGAAAUUUAUUUUAUCUUCUACUAUUUCAAAAGAGAGUACCAGUUCUGUGAACUUUCAGUGGGCCCCGUUUCCCAUUGAGAUGGCUGGUGUGUCUACAAUAGUUCCAUCACCAUCUGGUUCACAGCUUCUUGUAAUCCGAAAUCCUGAAAAUGAAUCUCCCACUCACUUUGAAAUCUGGAGCCAGGGUCAAGUGGAAAAGGAAUUCCAGAUCCCCCAAUCUGUUCAUGGUUCAGUAUAUACUGAUGGAUGGUUUGAGGGAAUAUCUUGGAACUCUGAUGAAACAUUCAUUGCUUAUGUUGCUGAGGAACCAUCUCCAUCCAAGCCUACAUUUAGUAGUCUGGGCUACAAAAAUAGCAGUGCGUCCACAGAUAAGGACUGUAGUAGCUGGAAAGGUCAAGGGGAAUGGGAGGAGGAUUGGGGAGAGACUUACGCAGGAAAAAGGCAGCCUGCGGUCUUUGUCAUUAGCACUACCAGCGGAGAAGUACAACCUGUUAAAGGAAUUGCAAAGUCCUUGAGCAUUGGCCAAGUUGUUUGGGCUCCAUCAACUGAAGCAUAUCAGUAUUUAGUUUUUGUUGGUUGGUCAUCGGAUCCAAGAAAGCUUGGCAUAAAAUACUGCUAUAAUAGGCCUUGUGCAUUAUAUGCAGUCCAAUCUCCAGUUUAUAAAUCAGAGACCAAUAAAUCUGAAUUCAAAGAUAAUCCCAACGAAGGUUCCCCUGUGAUCAAUCUAACUCAAAGCAUAAGUAGUGCCUUCUUUCCAUUGUUCAGUCCAGAUGGAAGGUUCCUUGUGUUUAUGUCUGCAAAAACUUCUGUAGAUUCUGGGGCGCAUUCAGCAACAGAUUCACUUCACAAAAUUGAAUGGCCAGUCAACAGACAGUUGAGCUCAGCUGCAAAAGUUGCUGAUGUGAUUCCUGUUGUGCAGUAUGCAGAGGAUGGUGGUUUUCCUGGGCUUUAUUGUUCAGGUUUUCUCAGAAAUCCAUGGCUUUCAGAUGGAUGUACUAUGAUUUUAUCUUCAGUGUGGCACAGCAGUCAAGUUUUACUUUCUGUGAAUGUGUUAAGUGGGGAUUUGAAGCGCAUUAGUCCUUCUGACUCAAAAUUUUCAUGGAAUCUUCUUGCUCUGGAUGGGGACAACAUUAUUGCUGUGUCUAGCAGUCCAGUGGAUGUGCCUGGAAUCAGGUAUGGUUUUCUCAUUGAGAAAGCAACUAAAAAUGCCACAUGGAGUUGGUCAGAUGUCUCAAGCCCAAUAUCCAGAUGCUCUGAGAAAGUUAGAUCACUGCUCUUGUCUCGUCAGUUCGAUAUAUUGAAGAUUCCAGUCAAGGAUGUUUCCAGUUGCCUGGCAAAAGGUGCUACCAAACCUUUUGAAGUUAUAUUUGUAUCUUCCAAUUCUGAGAAGAAUGGUGCUUCUGAUCCCCUGAUAGUAAUGCUUCACGGAGGUCCACAUUCCGUCUCUGUGUCAAGCUUCUCAAAGUCUUUGGCAUUUCUCUCUUCUAUAGGUUUUAGCUUGUUGAUUGUGAAUUACAGAGGUUCGUUAGGAUUUGGUGAGGAAGCAUUGCAAUCUCUUCCAGGGAAAGUUGGAUCCCAGGAUGUAAAUGAUGUACUUACAGCUAUAGAUCAUGUCAUUGAAAUUGGUCUUGCUCGCCCAUCUAGCAUUGCUGUGCUUGGGGGUUCCCAUGGUGGCUUCCUUACAACACACUUAAUUGGCCAGGCACCUGACAAGUUCGUUGCAGCAGCAGCAAGAAAUCCUGUUUGUAAUCUUGCAUCAAUGGUUGGCACAACAGACAUCCCUGAUUGGUGCUACGUGGAAACAUAUGGGACUAAGGGAAAAAAUAAAUUUACAGAAGCACCUUCAGUGGAAGACCUGGCUCUUUUUCACAGCAAGUCUCCCAUAUCACACAUUGCAAAGGUCAAAGCACCGACAAUCUUUCUUAUAGGUGCGCAGGAUCUUCGAGUUCCCAUGUCUAACGGCUUGCAAUAUGCACGGGCAUUGAAAGAGAGAGGAGUUGAUGUCAAAAUCAUCAUGUUUCCUAAUGAUGUUCAUGGAAUCGAGAGACCACAAUCGGACUUCGAAAGCUUCCUAAACAUUGGAGUGUGGUUCAAGAAAUACUGCAAAUGAAUGCAUUUACAGACAAAAUGUACUAACCAUUACAGAGAUUGAGGAUCAAAUCCACUUGUAAACUUCUUUUUUUCUUUGAUCAAUAUAUCCACAUCCAUUGUGGAAGUUUGCAUUUCUUAUAUUAAUAAGUGAUAUUUCCUGUU